AUGGCUAAUAAUAUUGAUUACUGUAAUGGUAGUAUAAUUGCUAUGCACGGCAAAGAUUGUGUGGCCAUUGCCGUAAAAGGAGGAAACAUUAACGACAGUAAUAAGAAUUUAUAUAAGCUGGGAGCUCGCUUGUAUUUAGGACUGACUGGAAGGCUGGCAGAUAUACUGAUGGCCUACAAGCAUCUCAUAUUACGCAAGAAUAUUUUUGAGUUGGAAAAGAAUCGUGAGCUAUUGCCUAAAGAGCUGACGUUAAUUCUAUCGCAACUGCUGUACGCGCAUCGGCUUGUUCCGUUUCAAAUUGAGGCAGUGAUUGUCGGCAUGGAUCCCGAUACCCUGGAGCCCCAUAUUUGUAGCUUGGGCAUGAUUGGCUAUCCCAAUGUCACAAAAGAUUUUGUUGUUGCCGGCCACCGUCAUGGACCAUUGCUGGGCUUGUGUAAGAGUCUGUGGCGUCCGAGCCUGAAUCCAAGCCAACUCUAUGACACCAUUGGUCAGACAAUGAUACAGUUCUGCACUUCUUAUAUAUCAGUUGGCUGUGGUGUGGACAUUUGUCUAAUUGAAAAGUAUAAGAUCACGGAGCGUUCACUUAGCAUAAAACCGCAUUAG